GCGAGGCGAGGCGCGGUGCGGGGCCGCCCGGUGCCUGAGCCCCGGAGGCUGGCAGCCGAGCGGCGAGGAGUCCCGGUGUGCCGACGCGGCCCCGAUCCCUGAUGACUGAACUACAGCAAGAAGUGGACGACACGAAGCCUGCGAAGGUGCUCGGGAAGAGGGAGAGCAAAGUCGGGCCGCCUCACUCCGAGGCUGAGAAUGGUGUGGAGGACAGAAAGAAAGUGUGCAGGUCCCCGACAGUCCAGUCGCCUGCCCCAUCCACGGAAGCUGAAUCUCCAGACCAGAAAAAGAGCAUCUGCCUGCGGUCAAAAUCCAGUUUUGAAGGUGCGACUGUGUCAGGUGACAAGAACGAAUGCAAAACAGAAAGCAAAAAUGUCCCUAAGACUGAAAGGAAAAAAUCUUCAUCUUCCAGCCAGUACAAGGCAAACAUGCACUUUCACAAGUUGUUCCUUGAAGUCCCAACCGAGGAGCCUCUGAGACAAAGUUUUACAUGUGCUCUACAGAAAGAAAUACUGUACCAAGGAAAGCUCUUUAUAUCAGAGAACUGGAUUUGUUUUCAUUCCAAGGUCUUUGGAAAAGACACUAAGAUCACUAUUCCAGCUUUCUCAGUAACCCUAAUAAAGAAAACCAAAACUGCUCUUCUGGUGCCAAAUGCUCUGAUCAUAACAACAGUCACGGACAGGUACAUAUUCGUCUCCUUACUCUCCAGAGAUUCCACAUACAAACUGCUCAGAUCUGUGUGUGGACACUUAGACAAUUCGAGUGUUGGUAACAGUCCCAAUCCAUCUUCUCCUGAAAACAGCUUCCGGGAAGACCGCCCUUCAUCUUUGCCUCUGGACUUCAAUGAUGAAUUCUCAGACCUCGAUGGAGUGGUUGAACAAAGAAGGCAGGACAUGGAAGGAUACAGCAGUUCGGGUUCUCAGACUCCGGAAUCAGAGAACUCCCGAGACUUCCACGUGACAGAAUCCCAGACAGUUCUGAAUGCCACCAAAGGGGAGGCAAAACCACCUCGGGCCGACACCCAUGUGAACAGAGUGCCUGAUGGCAAAGCCAAGAACCUUCCCACACAUGGUCAGUCAGAAACAAUUGGAAUCUUACCUAAAUGUCCAGCUGUUCAACAUAUUCUUAUAUUCUAUGCAGUUGUUGUGUGUGCACUUAUCAUCUCCACUUUCUACAUGAGAUACAGAAUUAACACUCUGGAGGAGCAGCUGGGGUCCCUGACAUCCACUGUGGACACUCACAAUACUGAACAGACUGUCUCAUCGGGCCUGGGGUCUGAAGUACAGUUAAACGUGGAGGUCCUCUGCCAAGAGCUCACAGCCAACAUAGUGAAACUAGAAAAGAUUCAAAACAACUUACAAAAGCUGCUAGAGAAUGGUGACUGACCAACCAGACCCGCUGGGACCAACGUAAUACCUCAGUUUCCCCUGAAGAAGGUGCUCGCGAGGGGUUCUUAUUGAGCGCCCCCUGCUGGUCGGAGGCACGAGCGGAUGAGAAUCAGCUUGUUUGUGUUUGCCCUUGAAGAGCUCCAGCUCAGGAAAAGGGAGAAGGGGAAUCGUUUGCUUCUUGUGCAAUAAAAGUUGAUCUUGUCUCUCUGAGAAAGUGUUUGCUGCUCCUGUUGCUGCUGCUGCGUAAGAAAACAGACCCAUCUCGGGAGGCCUCAGGACGGGCCAGGAGGACACUGUGGAAUGCCUGUAGUUCCAGAUUAUCUUCACUGUCAAUGAACACUCCUUCCUCUCCUCCUUCUCUCUCCCUCCAUCUCUUAAGUCACCAGCCUUCAGACUAAGGGAUACAUGGUGACCCACAAGGCCCAUGUGGUCCUUUACAAGUUAGCCAUGAGUCUCCAGAAAUGCAAUGAACGUCUAACUAGUCAUGCUUGCUUCAAACAGAACUGACAUUUCUCUUUUUCUCUCUCUUUCUCAUUCUUUUGUUGUUAUGUUCUGAUGUAAAUCAUAUCUGUAUCAUAAUUUCUCAAUGCAGUUUUAGUAAGAAUGUUAAAUAGAGUGGAUUAAACUAUCCUGUUUAUGUUUUAUUUGUUUCUGUAACUAAUAUUUAAUUACAUGGGUUCUCAGCCACCUCAGGUCAAGAAUCUGUGAGCUGUGAGAAGGUGAUACUAAAUGAAACUUAAUUCUGAAGCCAAAACUAAUCUUUAAACCAAAAGUUGUAAUGGUGAUUUAAUGCCAGAUGAAAAACACUGAAAUUUUUAAGAUUGUAGGUUGGCUAGGUUUAAACCAUGAUAAAACCUAUUUCAGCAUGGCAACUGUAUAUCUUUCUCUUUUACUAACUGAAUUAAUGAAGGAACUGGUGGGUUGCUCACUCUGUUUACCAUUUGGGUUGGUUGGUUUUUAUUAAUAAUUGUUUAGGGUACCAUAAGAUAUGUAAGUAUAAAAUAUAUUCUGUUCCUAACUGCAAUGCAUUUUAUAAUCAUUUCUAUGAAAUGUAUUUUGUUAAUCAGAUCAGCUAAUGAGUGUAUUUUGGUUACAUCAUUUGUAUUUUUAGCCUACUAGACAACUGUGCCUGGUACACCACAGGCUAUUAAAAUAAUGUUCAUUGGAUAAAACA